AUGGCUUCACCACCAAAGCCUUGGGAGCGCGCAGGUGCCACAACAUCGACCAUGGCCACACCAACCGCUGCCGCAACCGGCGUGUCGGUGCCGGCGACAUCCAACGCCUUGACCGCACCCGCCUCGACCACCUCUUCUUCAGCUGGGGCAACACCAGUAGUACCCCCUCGGCCAGACUCCCUGGCCUCCAGCGUCAACCAGAAUGCCAGUGCCUACAGUCGGCUGGGCAACACCGGCUACAACUCCGCCUACUCCUCGCCCUACUCGCAAUACGGAGGCAUCGGAUCGCGCAUGUACGGCGGCUACGGCGGCUAUGGAGGCUACGGCAUGGGCGGCAUGGGAGGAAUGGGAGGCAUGGGCAGCAUGUAUGGUGGCAUGUACGGCGGGAUGCCGGGCAUGAACCCCAACGACCCGAACAACCCCAACAGCCUCACCAACCGGUUCAACAACAGCACCCAGGCUACCUUCCAAAUGCUGGAGGGUAUCGUCGGUGCUUUCGGUGGAUUCGCACAGAUGCUGGAGAGCACAUACAUGGCCACACACUCCAGCUUUUUCGCUAUGGUGGCCGUGGCUGAACAGUUCGGCAACCUCAGAGAAACCCUGGGUUCCAUCCUGGGCAUCUUUACGCUCAUGCGAUGGAUUAGAACCUUGAUCGCCAAGAUCACCGGCCGCCCACCGCCCGCGGACGCAACUGCGCUCACACCUGCUGCCUUUGCUCGAUUCGAGGGACGCCAAUCGCCACCAGGCGCUCCUGGGCAACCCAAGCCCAGCCGAAAGCCUCUGCUCUUCUUUGUCCUCGCUGCCUUUGGUCUUCCGUAUGUGAUGAGCAAGGUCAUCAAGUCGCUCGCCGCCUCGCAAGAAGAGGAGGAGCGCAGGCGCAUGGAAGCAAACGCGCCGCUGGACCCGAGCCAGCUCGAGUUCUGCCGUGUGCUCUACGACUUCACGCCCCAGGAUAACGUCCAGGGCGUCGACCUGGCCGUCAAGAAGGGCGACUUCAUCGCGGUCCUGUCCAAGACCGACCCCAACGGCGUCCCCAGCGAAUGGUGGCGCUGCCGCGCCCGCGACGGACGCAUGGGCUGGCUUCCCGCAACCUUCCUCGAGGUCGCCAAGCGCUCAGGUCAGCCGCUCGCCGCGAUCAAGGCGGCCGCGAGCGAGCCUUCCACCCCCAGGACGAACUCUCUCACUAGUGCGACUGUCCCGCCCGCCGUCACGGGCAAGCCUGGUGAUGUGUCCAUGGAGAGCUUCCAGAAGUCGCAGUUCUACUCGUAG